AAUCCUUUCUUUUUUUUUAUUGUCAAGUCAAAUGUGUUCUUUCUCUCUAGUUUAUUCACAAAUGCAGGCUUGUUUCUGUCGGUUUCCAGGAAGCUUAUUUAUAAUCUGAAUCAUUGACGUUGCUUUUUAUGUUACUUCUGUCUGUUUGUGAAAACAAGAACCCUAAAUUUGUCUGGAAAGGAAGCUUUUUUAUUGAUGCUUAUGCUCUGUUUACUUUGUAGAGCUUCAAAAACUUCGAGAGGAAUGAGUGUUUCUGUGAUUUCCAAGAGAGUUUUGGUUCGUUGACUGAGUUAGUUUUAGUUUUAGAGAUCUAGCAACUGAAAGCUGGCUACUGUUUGUGAUUCCUCUCGAUGGCGAUGAUGUUCGUGUGGAAAAAGUAUGGCCUGUUUCAGAUGUUUCUCUGUUGAUUAAAGUUAUAAAAAGAGAGCCAAGGGUCAGAAAUCAGGUCACAGGCUCGUGAAAGCUGUUUGAGUCAAACCCAUGACUAGUUCUCCUAGAGUUCAGUCCAUGAAUGUGGCUGAAGCAGAGGCCAGGUCAACUAUGGGGACUGCUGCUGCUAAAAAGGCUAAUCCUUUCAUCACACACAAAGCUGUAUCAAAGUCACUGAGAAAGCUUGAAAGAUCAUCAUCUGGGCUCACUGGAUCAGAUGAGAAAACAUCAUAUGCUACACCAACAGAAACUUUGUCUUCUUCUUCUUCUCAGAAGCAUACUCUUAAUGCGGCUUCUAUACUACGACGGCAUGAGCAGAACCUAAAUUCUAAUCUGUCAUUGAAUGCAUCAUUUUCAUCUGAUGCCUCCAUGGACUCGUUCCACAGCCGAGCAUCAACGGGUCGGUUGAUAAGAUCCUAUAGUGUUGGAAGUAGAAGUAAGUCUUACCCUUCCAAGCCAAGAAGUGUUGUCUCUGAAGGUGCUUUGGAUUCACCACCUAGUGGUUCAGAGACUAAGAAGAGGUGUGCUUGGGUGACAUCAAACUCCGAUCCAUGCUAUAUUGUUUUCCAUGAUGAAGAAUGGGGUGUGCCAGUUCACGAUGACAAGAGGUUGUUUGAACUCCUUGUGCUUUCGGGUGCUUUGGCCGAACACACAUGGCCUAUGAUACUGAGCAAGAGGCAGACCUUCAGGGAAGUUUUUGCUGAUUUUGACCCCAAUGCCAUUGUGAAAAUCAAUGAGAAGAAGCUAAUCGGUCCAGGAAGCCCUGCAAGCACUUUGUUGUCUGAUCUUAAGCUAAGGGGCGUCAUAGAGAAUGCGCGUCAGAUACUUAAGGUGAUAGAAGAAUAUGGGUCAUUUGACAAGUAUAUAUGGAGUUUUGUGAAGAAUAAGGCGAUUGUAAGCAAGUUCAGGUACCAGCGACAAGUACCUGCAAAAACUCCAAAAGCAGAAGUGAUAAGCAAAGAUCUAGUGAGAAGAGGGUUCCGCAGCGUAGGACCAACUGUGGUUUACUCCUUCAUGCAGGCAGCAGGGGUAACAAACGAUCAUCUCACCAGUUGUUUCAGGUUCCACCAUUGUAUAUUCGAACAAGAAAGGUAUGUCUGAAAAGAGGGACUUCUUUUUAACUUGUUAAGAAGCCUCUUUUAUGUUUUGUAAAGCCUCCAAUUUGAGUCUAUUAUUAGUAUUCAAAACAAUG